AGGUGCCCAGGGACUUGCCCUGACUGGCACCCCAGGUAUUGGCACAUGCCAGUAAAACUCAGACCUGUUCCAACCUGAGCAGAUUUCCCUCUAGGCAAAGAACCGGGCAGCUUCUUACAGAAUCCUCCUCCUAUGCUUCCUCCUCCUCCUCCUCCUCCUCCUGCAGAGCUGGGUGGGGGGGACUCUCCUGCUCCAUCACCACAUUUGGGGACCCUGUUGCCCACCAACGCUGGGAGAGAGGGAAAGAUCCAGGGUUGGUGCUGCUGACGGUGCCUGGAAGGUUCCACCAAAUCCAGCUCCGAGGGGCAUUGGGAUCCACCUAGGAGCAGAGCAGAGCCCCGGGCACGGGGAAAGUGGUGCAAGGCAAAGCCGGGAAUUACCAAAACUACAAAUCAGGAGGACAAAACUCACCCGGGGGAGGGAGCUGCCGCAAUCCCGGCUCUAUAAACGCGGCCGGAGCGCGGCUGGCACGGGCUGUCACCCAGCGGUGCCACCGCCGAGGAUGUGGCUGUACGUGGUGGCCGCGCUGCUGGGGCUGCUCCUGCUGCGCCGCUGGCACCGGGAGCGGCAGACGGUGCCGCAGCUCUCGGAGAAGCACGUGCUGAUCACGGGAUGCGACAGCGGCUUCGGGAACCUGCUGGCACGGCAGCUGGACGCGCGGGGAAUGCGGGUGCUGGCCGCCUGCCUGACGGACGCCGGCGCCGAGCAGCUGCGGGCGGCCACCUCCGAGCGGCUGCAGACCGUCCUGCUGGAUGUCACCUGCAGCAAGAGCAUCGCCGAUGUCACCGCCUGGGUCCGGCAGCGUGUGGGUGAUCAAGGGCUCUGGGGGCUGGUGAACAACGCAGGCAUCGCCAUCCCCACUGCUCCAAACGAGUGGCUGACCAAGGAGGACUUUGUCAAGGUGCUGGAUGUCAACCUGCUGGGGCUGGUGGAGGUGACGCUGAGCCUCCUGCCGCUGGUGCGGCGGGCGCGGGGCCGCGUGGUCAACGUGGCCAGCGUGAUGGGCCGCGUCUCCUGUUUCGGUGGUGGCUACUGCAUCUCCAAAUUCGGCGUGGAAGCCUUCUCUGAUAGCCUCAGGCGGGAGCUGCGUCCCUUCGGAGUGCGGGUCUCCAUCAUCGAACCUGGAGGCUUCCAGACGGGAAUGAUGGAGCCCGCCCCGCUGGUGAAGGGCUUCGUUCGCCUCUGGGAGCGGCUCCCGGCCGAAGCCCAGGCAGCCUACGGCCGCUCCUACCUGGACAAAUAUGCCAAGAGCUCCACGCUGCUGCACCGCCUGAGCAGCUCCCGCCUGUCGCAUGUCACCGAUGCCAUGACACACGCGCUGCUGUCCCGCUGCCCCCGCAGCCGCUACGCCGCCGGUUGGGACGCCUGGCUCCUCUUCCUCCCCCUCAGCUACUGCCCGGCCUGGCUGUCCGACACCAUCCUGGGCUUCUUCCUGCCCAUCCCGGCCAGAGGGACCCCCUGAGGGCCACCCGAGCGGGGACAUGGCCCGUGGGUGUCUCACGCCAUCGGGAACGUGCUCAAUAAAGGCGGUGCAAUGCU